AUGAAGAACCCGUUGCACAACCCGUUGCCUGCCUCACUAUCAAGUGAGUGCAAAAAGGCCGCUGCGAUUCUCGAAUCCUUCAUCAACCCGAAACUCAAAAUCGAUGGCGAAAUCCCACGUAAGAUAUUCGCGGGGGCCAAGGGAAUCGCCAUAUUCACAGCGUUCAGAGUUGGGUUCCUGGGCUCUAUCCGCUUUGGCUCGGGACUGAUUGUCGCUCGUCUCCCAGAUGGCAGCUGGUCCGCCCCGUCAGCCAUGGCAAUGGGCGGCCUAGGUGCCGGUGGUCAAUUUGGCGCAGAAUUGACCGAUUUCGUGUUCGUUCUGACUACCGAUGCCGCAGUGAAGACAUUCAUGCAGUCGGGCAACUUGACUCUUGGUGGGAAUAUAUCUAUGGCUGUCGGCCCCAUUGGUCGGAGUGCUGAGGCUGGAGGAGUAGUGGGAACCAAGGGCGCAGCUGGGGUCUUCGCCUACUCCAAGACCCGUGGAUUAUACGGCGGUCUCACAGUCGAAGGUGGUGUUCUUGCCGAGCGUGCGGAUGCGAACAAGCAGCUGUAUGGGCGGAAAAUUCGAGCAAAGGAGCUGUUGAGCGGAUCGAUUCCACCACCACCCGAAGCAGGAGUCCUCAUCGAGGUUUUGAAUGGGGAGUUCUUCCGUAUCGAAGGACCCGCGGAACCAGCCACAGAGGGCACCGAGCAGUCGCGAGAACAAAAUCCCCAGGCUCCUGUGCCGCCCUCCGACGGGCACUCACGGGGGUUGGCGCCUCCUGCUAAUCAGCUAGCUGCUGUCGAGUCAAGCGCAGAGCAGACACCCGGAACUGCAGAAUUAGUCACCAGGGAUCUUCACAGUGUAUCCCACGAGCGAGAUGCUCAGGCCACAACGCCAGCUGCUGAAAGUAAACCAGCCAUUGAGCUAGAUACCGAGGGAGAAACCGGAGAUGCUGGAUUAUCCAACGAAAUUACCCACGAUACACAUAGGUCAAACGUGCCAGAGCCUAUAUCUACUGCUGAUCACGUUUCGGCUGUGGAGCCGAGUACACAAUUGGAACCUAAAGGCAAAGAACCGGCAACUGGAGACACGCACGAUACCUCCCGUUAG